GGGGGGCAGGGAGUCUUGCUCGUCUCCAGCCCCGUCUGCCACAUGAGCCUGGAGGGGGACGUGCCAGAAGCCCUGAAAGGGACAAUUCUUUUUCACUCUUCAGCUACUUAGUUUGCACAUGCUCAGGUAUCCUGGCCAUGUAAUUCCUAGACACAAUACCAUUCUUCCCUCCCUGAGCUUUGAGAGAGGUGACCUGAUACAGGAAUAGAGACGCCUACCUCUCUCUUUAUGGGCCCCACAUUGCAGAGUGAGCCUGGUUACAAAACCUAUAAUGAUGCCAUUUGUAGCGAUCUUACUAAACGGAGUGAAAUCUCUGUACACACGUUUAACCGACCAGAUUAGGAUGCAACAGACUGCAUGAGGAAAGGUCUGUCUGAUCACACCAGUUCNCAGUCUUCCCAUCUUAACCAGAAGAAAAACUACGUGCACCUGUAACCUUGUGGAGCAUUGCAAGCCAAUCCAAUGGCGUCCUCAACUGCUGUGCCUGUAGGAUUUCACUAUGAAACAAAAUAUGUUGUUCUCAGCUAUCUGGGACUCUUGUCACAGGAGAAGCCUCAAGAGCAACAUCCUCCCUCGAUUCCAGGGCCCCAGCAGUCUCUAAUACCACAAGCUUUGGAGAAGGCGGUUCUAGAGAAGCUUAAGACAGAAAUUGAGGAGGAGUUAAAACACCUUGAUGAAGAAAUUUUGGAAGCCUUUACCAGUACAGGGUUUGACUGCCACACCUCUCCAGUAUUCAGUCCUGCCAAUCCAGAGAGUUCAAUAGAAGAUUGCUUGGCUCAUCUUGGAGAAAAAGUGUCCCAAGAAAUGAAAGAACCUCUUCACAAAGCACUACAGAUCCUGCUUAGCAAGCCAGUGACUUAUCAGGAAUACCGAGAGUGCACUCAGGAGACAGCUGCUCAUGCCAGUGGAUGGAGCAAGGUGUUGGUGCCUCUGGUUCUGCUGCAGCAAUUCCUUAUGGAACUGACAAAACGAGGCCAGGAGCCACUCAGUGCACUUUUGCGGUUUGGAGUGACAUAUUUAGAAGACUAUGCGGCAGACUACAUCAUCCAGCAAGGAGGAUGGGGCACUGUCUUUAGUGUGGAUUCUGAAGAAGAGGAAUAUCACGGAAUCAUUGCAGAGGACAGCAAUGACAUCUACAUCCUAACCAGUGAAAACUCUGGACAGGUGAGCCCCCCUGAGUCUCCCACAGUGACUACAUCUUGGCAAUCAGAGAGCCUGCCUGUCUCUUUGUCAGCUAGCCAGAGCUGGCACACAGAGAGCUUGCCGGUAUCCCUUGGACCUGAAUCCUGGCAGCAGGUGGCUAUGGAUCCAGAAGAGGUAAAAAGCUUAGACAGCAAUGGGGGUGGUGAAGAAAGGAGUGAAAAUAACUCCUCCAACUCGGACAUUGUUCAUGUGGAAAAGGAGGAGAUACCAGAGGGGAUAGAAGAAGCAGCAAUGUCAUCGGUGGCUCUGGAGACUAAGACUACACAUGAGGAGUUCCCAGAAGCCUCCUCUCUGCUGGAGAUGAAGUCUGAAGCUGAGAUUGCAGCUGUUGAGAAAGCAAGCCCCCCUUCACCUUUGCUUACAGAACACGAGGAAGAAGGAAAGGUGGCCGAGGAGCCUGUUGAACCAGGAGUCCCAAUGUUGAGUAAAGGUAUCCAGAAACCAGCUGCAUUGGAAGAGAAAGCUGCACCGGAGAAAAUACUGGCACCAGGAGAGGAAAUGAAAGUGGGGAAGGAGAGCCGUUCAGAAGAAAUGAAAGAGAAAUCCCCAGCUGGAGAGGAGAAACCCAUCUUGUUGCCAGAAGGCAAAUCUAUACUGCUGUAUGGUGGGGCUGCUGCAGUGGCUAUUCUGGCUGUGGCAGUGGGAGUAGCACUGGCAUUGAGAAAGAAGUAGCAGGGCUCUCUUGCCGAAGAGGAGGAAUCCAAAUUUUUAGUUGCAUUAACUAAAAGUUGAGCUGCCUGCUGUUAAUUGGACAUUUAUAUAACUUAAAAAUGGUGAUGGGGUGUGGUUAUUUGAUAAGACUAAGGCUAUGGACAAUCAUGUUUUUAGAAGAAUUGGGGCGGAGACUGGUUUUUUUUCCUGAUUUAAAGUACAGGGAUACUUUAAAAAUUCUGCAAAUUUCAGAACUGAGAAGUAGGUGCUGAGAAAAGGGGGUGCUUGUACACUGGAAACUGGAACAGAAAGUUCCAGGGGCAGGAGAGGGCUGGUUGCUGCUAACCCCUGGAAUUUUUAGCUUCCCCGACUGAGCUGCUAUUGCAGCUACCCUGUCUUGUCACUUUCCUUUGUGUGCCCCGUAAGCCCUCUUAAAAACAAACAUACAAAAUAAACCAGCCACCUUAAUCCUGUAG